GCAGCAGUCAGCAAGUCCUUUGCUCCCCCUAAAAAUAGCAUCGCGUAGUGUUUGUUUAGUGUAGUAUACAUUUGGGCGCGGCAGCAGCGAAAAACCAACCAGAGUGUCGCAGGAGUCUCUCGAUAAAGGAAGAAAAUAUAUACAACAUUGUUGCGUCCGAUAUUUUGAUACCAACGAAGACGAGCACGACCACCAAAUAGAAAAGCUAUACAAAAUAAUAUACGCUGAAACGAGAAUCAAUCAAUCCAAUCACCGAAAAUCAAAAGCAAUAGCGUUAAGCGUGUCUGUGUGUGUGUGUGUUCAAAGAGGGAUCCCCUACCAAAAAGAAAAAAAAAAGAAAAUAAGAGAUCCUUGAGGAGCUAAAGCUGCAUUGUGAUUUCAUUUUACCUGCAAAAACGCAACCAAACAAACGAAGAUUGGCUCUUUUAUACGCCGACUUUGUGACCAAGCCAACGCCAAAUUUUUAAACGUUUUUUGAAAACUUUACACGGAACCCUUCUUCUACAACAAACCAAAAACAAAACCACACGCAAAAUGGGUCUCUGCGCCUCCAAGGACAAAAAGGAGAAGGUGAUCGAGGGCGAGGUGGCCAAUGGUGAGCCCAAUGGCACCGCCACUUCAGCCGCCGCUGGAGAAGAUGGCAAACAAGACACCAUGGUUGAUGCCGCUGUUCUCGCUAAACUGGAGGAGGGUUACGCCAAGCUGGCUGCCUCCGACUCCAAGUCGCUGUUGAAGAAGUACCUGACCAAGGAGGUCUUCGACAACCUGAAGAACAAGGUGACGCCCACCUUCAAGUCGACCCUGCUGGAUGUGAUCCAGUCCGGCCUGGAGAACCACGACUCCGGCGUUGGCAUCUACGCUCCCGAUGCCGAGGCCUACACAGUGUUCGCCGACCUGUUCGACCCCAUCAUCGAGGACUACCAUGGUGGCUUCAAGAAGACCGACAAGCACCCGGCCUCCACGUUCGGCGAUGUGUCGACCUUCGGCAACGUUGACCCCACCAACGAGUACGUGAUCUCGACUCGCGUCCGUUGCGGUCGCUCCAUGCAGGGCUACCCCUUCAACCCCUGCCUGACCGAGGCCCAGUACAAGGAGAUGGAGGGCAAGGUGAGCAGCACCCUGUCCGGACUGGAGGGCGAGCUGAAGGGCAAGUUCUACCCGCUGACCGGCAUGGAGAAGGCCGUCCAGCAGCAGCUGAUCGACGAUCACUUCCUGUUCAAGGAGGGCGAUCGCUUCUUGCAGGCCGCCAACGCCUGCCGCUUCUGGCCCAGCGGCCGUGGCAUCUACCACAACGAUGCCAAGACCUUCCUGGUCUGGUGCAACGAGGAGGACCAUCUCCGCAUCAUCUCCAUGCAGCAGGGCGGUGAUCUGGGCCAGAUCUACAAGCGUCUGGUGACCGCCGUCAACGAGAUCGAGAAGCGUGUGCCCUUCAGCCACGACGAUCGUCUCGGCUUCCUGACCUUCUGCCCCACCAACCUGGGCACCACCAUCCGUGCCUCCGUGCACAUCAAGGUGCCCAAGCUGGCCUCCAACAAGGCCAAGCUGGAGGAGGUCGCCGCCAAGUACAACCUGCAGGUGCGCGGCACCCGCGGCGAGCACACCGAGGCCGAGGGCGGUGUCUACGACAUCUCCAACAAGCGUCGCAUGGGUCUGACCGAGUUCGAGGCCGUCAAGGAGAUGUACGACGGCAUCACCGAGCUGAUCAAGCUCGAGAAGAGCCUGUAAGCUGCACGCCAACCGCAAAGCAUCGUCCCUCCGCUUGGAUAAGCCUCCCCAGGAUCUAACAUCUUUCCCUGGAGGAUGACCAUGUCAGGGCACACGCAACAAUCAACAACAAAAACAACAACAACAAAAACAAAAAACAGAAGAGCAACACUUAGUAAUCUUCGGCUCGUCCGCCUUGUCGCUUUUGGGCGGUUCGGGCUGUAAAACAACAAGUCUAGUUUGUAGCGAGGGUGCGGAUAGUUGCUGACCGAAACCCGGCGACCUUCGGCAUUUCGUAUACUUUGAGGGUUGCGGGCCACCGUGGCAGCAAUCCCAUCUUGCAACACCAACAACAACAACACCCACUGCAGAAGCAACGCAACAGCAACGGAUAACUAUUUGAGAAAAAAAAACAUUUGCUUAAUUACAACCAA